UUCAAGUUACCUCUGGAUUUAUUUUUGUCAAUCUGAGUGCAUGUGCAUGACUCUCUGGACCUUGUUAAUUUGUCACAUUUUCUUUAAAGAGGAUCUUUCCAUAUUGCACAAUUGUACUCCCCCUCUUCUCUUAAGUGUCAUUUUUGGGGAAGACUAAUCCCAUGUGAACUUCUUUUACUUUUAUGUUUAUUUGCAGAUUUUAUAUGUCAAUAAGGACAGCCGACCAACUUUGGAUAUCAAGCGUGACCUUGACUAAGGGGCUUCGUACUCGAGAAGAAGAGGGUAGAGUUUCUAGUCAUCUUUUGAUCAAGAUGGUCAAAUAUGCUUUAAAAUUUGAAAAUGAGAUACCAGUCGAAAGGAAAAUAAUAAUGCCUGGUUCUUUCCAUCCAUUACAUGAUGGGCAUCUCAAGCUUAUGGAAGUUGCUACUCGUAUUUGUGGUGAUGGGUAUCCUUGCUUUGAAAUAUCUGCAGUCAAUGCAGACAAACCUCCAUUAUCAGUGUCUCAGAUCAAAGAUCGCAUCAAGCAAUUUGAAAAAGUUGGAAAAACGGUAAUUGUAUCCAAUCAGCCUUAUUUUUAUAAGAAGGCUGAACUUUUUCCAGGCAGUGCUUUUGUAAUUGGGGCGGACACAGCAGUGAGGCUUAUUAACCAUCCUAAAUAUUAUGAUGGUGACUACAACAUGAUGCAGAAGAUACUUGUUGGUUGUAAAGAAACGGGAUGCACUUUCCUUGUGGGUGGUCGGAAUGUUGAUGGUGCUUUCAAGGUUCUUGACGAUAUUGAUGUUCCAGAAGAACUAAAGGGCAUGUUCGUCUCCAUUCAAGCUGAACAGUUCCGCAUGGAUAUUUCCUCCACUGAAAUAAGAAAUAGAAAUCACUAACACUAAACAAAAGGGUUUUAUAUUUUUUGAACUAUCUUUGUCAAUUGACUCAAUAGUAUUUUAUUAUAUAGUGAUAAAAAAGAAAACAUUUUGCACUUUUCAGGGUCAUGAUCAUUGCAGUUUUGAAAGGAACUGUAGAGCAUCUUGUGAUUUAUUAACGAGACGUAUUGAAUAGCCAUGCUAAUGCAUAAGACACGACACUUGAAAUCCGAAGGGGAGAUCGAUGUGUCUGUAAUUGUAUAGUGUUCACUGUCCAUCCUUCGUAGUUUUGUUUUUAGUGUAAAAGACAAUAAUGUCUCUGCAACGUUGAUUGAAAAAGAGGGAAGGGUGAUGUCGAUACGAUGCUUUUAGUUAGUGGGGUUUGAGAAGUUUGGUUGUUUGUAUCUUACACCGCAAGGGGAGAGAUUUUGUAGUAAUCGCGGGGCUCUAAUUUUAUUGUUGCGUUAAGGUUAGACCCCUAAAAUUCAAGUGCGAGUGCGAACUGAAAAACUUACCUUUUUUUAGUAUGGGUCUUUUUCCUUUGUGAGAAAAAAAUAUAUAUGUAAUUAGAGCAUGUUU